CUGCGCUCCGCCGGGCUCAGCGCGCUCGCCCCCGGCCCGGCCGCGCCGCUCGCACCGCUUCUUCCUCCCCCCCCCCCCGCCCCUUUCCCCCCUUCCCCGAUGCUCAACAUGACCGAGGAGCACGACAAAGCCAUGGAGCCGCCGUGCAGCCCCGCGGGCACCACCAGCUCCAUGUCGCACGUGGACUCGGACUCGGACUCGCCGCUGUCCCCGGCCGGCUCCGAGGGGCUGGGCUGCGCCCCCGCGCCCGCCCCGCGCCCGCCGGGCCCCGCCGCGCUGGGCGCCAAGGUGGACGCGGCCGAGGUGGACGAGCGCUUCCCCGCCUGCAUCCGCGACGCCGUCUCGCAGGUGCUCAAGGGCUACGACUGGAGCCUGGUGCCGAUGCCCGUCCGCGGCAACGGAUCGCUCAAGGCCAAGCCGCACGUCAAGCGGCCCAUGAACGCCUUCAUGGUGUGGGCGCAGGCCGCCCGCAGGAAGCUGGCGGACCAGUACCCGCAUCUGCACAACGCCGAGCUCAGCAAGACCCUGGGCAAGCUCUGGCGUUUAUUGAGCGAAAACGAGAAGCGUCCCUUUGUGGAAGAAGCCGAGCGGCUCAGGGUGCAGCACAAAAAGGAUCACCCGGAUUAUAAAUACCAGCCCCGGAGGAGGAAAAGCGUCAAAGCCGGGCAGAGCGACUCCGACUCCGGGGCCGAGCUCAGCCACCACGGUGGGACACAGAUCUACAAGGGGGACAGCGGGCUGGGGGGCAUGGCCGACCCCCACCACCACGGGGACCACACAGGCCAAACCCACGGGCCGCCCACCCCACCCACCACCCCCAAGACCGACCUGCACCACGGCAGCAAGCAGGAGCUGAAGCACGAGGGCCGGCGCCUCGUGGAGAGCGGCCGCCAGAACAUCGACUUCAGCAACGUGGACAUCUCGGAGCUGAGCAGCGAGGUCAUCAACAACAUGGAGACCUUCGACGUGCACGAGUUCGACCAGUACCUGCCGCUCAACGGCCACGCGGCCCUGCCGGCCGAGCACGGCCCCGGCGCCGCCGGCUCCUACGGCGCGUCCUACUCGCACUCGGCCGCGGGCGCCGGCGGGGCCGCCCAGGUGUGGACUCACAAAAGCCCGGCCUCGGCGUCGCCGCCGGCGGCAGAGCCGGGCCAGCAAAGGCCCCACAUCAAGACGGAGCAGCUGAGCCCCAGCCACUACAGCGACCAGUCCCACGGCUCCCCCGCGCACUCCGACUACGGCUCCUACAGCGCCCAGGCCUGCGCCACCACCGCCGCCACCGCCACGGCCGCCGCCUCCUUCUCCAGCUCCCAGUGCGACUACACGGACCUGCAGAGCUCCAACUACUACAACCCCUACCCCGGCUACCCCUCCAGCAUUUACCAGUAUCCCUAUUUCCACUCGUCCCGCCGGCCCUACGCGACGCCCAUCCUCAACGGCCUGUCCAUCCCGCCGGCGCACAGCCCCACCGCUAACUGGGACCAGCCGGUCUAUACGACCCUGACGAGGCCUUAAAGGAUGUGUGGGGCCCCUCCAGGGCUUCCCAGAAAUGUGCACUAAUGAAGGAAUGAAGAGGAAGAGCGUGGAGUGCCGCGAUAGUUUCCAAAGUGCCUCCUGAGCCACUGGGAACUCUGCUCGUUGCGACUGGACGUCCCCUUGCUUCGAAACUCUCCAAAAGGACAGAGCUCUAUUUUUUCUUUGAUGAGUAUGAUUUAAAGUAAAAAAAAAAAAAUAAA